CGUAGCGUCUCGUAGCUCGUACACCGGAAAAACUUUAUGAAGUUUACGUUGUCGUAGCCGACGGAACGAUUAAUGCGAAUUGUUUUUCUUGUAUUAUAACUAUUUGAUUAUUGUUUGUGUGUUUACAAUUGUGGGAUAUAAGAUAUGAGAUACUAAACGUGAACAAUGAAAGUGUCAGAACAUGUGAUACAAUGUGUGGCUGAGAAUAGUGUCGGGUAAUAGAAUGUGAGAGCAGGUACGGAGCUGAUGUGACCAUGAGCUUUCGACGAGGGUCCUUCAAGAGCUUUGCUAUAAGCAUCAUACAGAUCAUUACGAUCAUAUCACAAGUGCUGACAGAGGAGCCGCGCUUCGCCGAGCCCAUCCCUAACGUGACGGUGGCGCUGGGCCGCGACGCCAGCCUGCCCUGCGUCGUCGAACAUCUCGGCACAUACAAAGUGGCGUGGAUCCACAUCGACCGUCAGAUGAUCCUGACGAUCCACCGGCACGUGAUAACGCGACUGGCGCGCUUCAGCGUGUCGCACGACAACGCAAUGACGUGGCUACUGCACGUCAGCCAGGUGCAACAGGAGGACCGCGGCUACUACAUGUGUCAAGUCAACACCAACCCCAUGAUCAGCCAAGUCGGAUAUCUGCAAGUUGUAGUGCCACCAAACAUUCUAGACGAAGAGAGCACACAGUCGGCGGUGGCGGUGCGUGAAAACCAGAACAUUAGCCUAGUGUGCAAGGCGGACGGCUUCCCCACGCCCAAGAUCAUGUGGCGUCGAGAAGACGGGCAGCCCAUCUCUGUCGAUAGGAGAAAGAAAGUGACGGUGUACGAAGGGGACAGCCUAAGCCUGCAACGUAUCAGCCGCACGGAGAUGGGGGCCUAUCUCUGCAUCGCCACCAACGCGGUGCCGCCUUCCGUCUCUAAGAGGAUCAUCGUAGACGUUGAAUUUUCUCCAAUGAUAUGGGUGCCGAACCAACUGGUGGGUGCACCGGCAGGCACUGACGUCACCGUCGAUUGCCACACGGAGGCGCACCCGCGCGCCAUCUCCUACUGGGUUUAUGACAAUGUCAUGGUGCUGCCCACUAAGAAAUAUGCCGUCACCACUGACGAGAACUCAUACAGAGCUCACAUGAAGCUGACAGUUCGAAAUCUUCAAUCCGGAGACUUUGGGAACUAUCGCUGCAUUUCGAAAAACUCUCUCGGAGAAACUGAAGGAUCCAUUAGAUUGUAUGAAAUCCCGAUGCCGUCAACGUCUCCUAAAGCAACAGAAAUGAAGAGCACCGCUAACAAAGAGAGCGUGAGGCGGGCGAACGUAAGCCGCGCGGUUCAACGCGAGCGCGAGCAUGUGCGAGAGCACGACAGAGAGGCGACGGAGCGGCCGAGCGUGGUGCGCGCGCAGCUCGACCGCGCGCCCGAGCGAGACGCCGCGCACCACGUCUACCGCGCCCCGCACCCCCAACAUGCCUCAGGAACGGGUGACCACCGAUGCUGGAGAAACACCUACUUCGUUGUAAUACUAUUGGUACAAAUCGAUUUUCUAGUCUGAUUUCUAUA